AAUUGGUUUUUUUUUAAUUCUUUAAACUAAUUAACUUACCAUUAGAUUAAUUGUUUACUUGUUUAAUUUACCUCCGUGAUUGUUUCUUAGGAGUCUUAUGAUUAGUUGAUCGUUGGUUACUUUUGUAUUUCUAUUUACUUUGUCUUUUGAUUUGAUUGUAAAUGUGUUGGAGUUGUUGAUGUUGAUGAUUUUUUAAUCAUUACGAGUUAAUUGUUAUCUUUUAAUUAUUGUUUUUCUUAAUGUGAAUAAUUUAUUUUUAUUUAUUUAAUUUGUUUUCUAUCAGUAUUGUGGAUUAUUACUGUUAUCUGUUUUGUACCAAGUUGUAUUGAGGUUUAAUUUGUUAUCUUGAUUAGCUCUUAGCAACCAAAUUGUUAAAACGUUACCUUUUGAUUAUUUGUUUUGAUUGAAUUGAUUAUAUUAUGUUGACAUUUGAUCUUACCUUUGUGAUCAGUAUGUUAACAGUAAUUUUAUUGAUGGUUGUUUCUGUGGUUCUAUAUGUGAGCUAUGGUUUCAAGAGGAGACUCAACAUUUGUGGUAAACAUGUUCUGGUCUCCGGUGGAUCCAAAGGUAUCGGUUUGGAAAUAGCGAAUCAGUGUUUUCGUCAAGGUGCCAAAGUGACCAUUUUAGCUCGUGAUGAAAAUGGACUAAAAGAAGCUGUAAACUAUAUUCUAAAAGAAAACUCUGCUACUGGAAGCUCACGAGAAUCAGAAAUAAUUUAUUUCCCGGUUGAUGUGGCAAAUGAUUUACCAACAUUGGAAAAGAUUGUUUCUCAAGCAGAGAAUCAGCUGGGUCCAAUAUAUGGAUUGUUCAAUAUUGUCGGUAAAGCGGUUUGUCACCGAUUCUUGGAAACUCCUCAUGAAGAAUUUGAUAACAUGAUGAAAGUAAAUUACCAGUCAACCGUUAAUUGUACUCGAGCUGUUGUUACUCAAAUGGUUAAACGUAAAGAGGGUUUCGUUGAAAUUACCUCAUCAAUGGCUGGUCUUUUUGGUAUCUACGGUUUCUCAGCCUACUCAUCAUCUAAAUUUGCUUUGCUUGGUUUUGCCCAAACCUUAGCCAUGGAGUUGAAACCUCACAACAUUUCCAUUACUAUAGCUUAUCCCCCUGACACUGACACUCCUGGUUUUGCUCUCGAAAAUUCAACCAAGCCAAUAGAGACAAAGCUCAUCUGUGAAUCGGGUGGAUUAGUGUCACCAUCGAAAGUAGCAUCUUCUAUUAUCAAGGAUACUCUGAAAUUGAAAUUCUCAUCUACGUCGACAUUUGAAGGAUUCAUUUUACGAACACUGACCUCUGGUCUCUCUCCACCCAAUGGUAUUUUCUCGGUCUUUCUUGAAGCCAAUCUAAUGGGACCACUUCGACUUAUCGGUUUAUUAAUUUUAACUCAUUUCAAUAAAAUUGUUCGUGAUUGUAACACCAAAAGGACAAGUUCAAAGUCAAAAUAGCCAAUUGAACAAAUUAACCUUCGCCAACGGCCCCAAAACGGCUUAACGAUUCAUUAAUUGUUUUUCAAUCUCUUUUUCUAAAUAACUCAAAGCAAAACAGUCAAAAACAUUUGAUACUCAUCAAAUUAAACAGAUUAUUUUGAUUUAGAAAGUUUCAAUCUUAAUAAUCGUCUUAACAAUUUAAAUCUAUCUUUUUAUCAAGUGACUUUAAUAAAGUUCAGGUAUUAAAAGGGCAUGAAAAUCGUGGCCAUUUUCAUUUUUGCUUUCGACUUGACCAUCAAAAGUUAACCAAAGUGUUUGAAUUUUUCUCAACAAAAUGAAACUUUUAAUUAUCCUGGUGUCAAUUUUCAUCUUAAAUUGUGCUCCAGUUGAUUGUUUAAAUAGUUAUCCAGAUGAAGACGAAACUGGACCUUACCUACCAAGAGAAAGUUAUUACAACAAUUACCCGAACCCUUAUCAUCCUCCACCUCAAUCUUACCCUCAACGCAUUCCCGAUCCUUACGCUCAACCAUAUCCUCGUGCUUACCCUUACAAUCCUGACGGAGGCCACCAAGAGUUCGAGGGAAGAGCAUUUCGAUUUCCACCGUUCAAAAUGGUACCAGUUCAAUUUCCAUCAUUUGGAUACUUUGAUCGUUCCAAAGAUUCACCGCAACCCUUGUAUCCACCUCCACCACCACCGACUGACCAGUACAUGAAAGGAAGAAAAGUCCGAAAAUCGAAAAAAGUGAAAAAAGUGAAAGAAACUCCGAACGCACCGACCUCUGACCCAAAAGUCACCUCGCCGACCAAGUGUAGUUGCGCAAACACAUCUUGAGAUAUUUUUUUAAAUAAAUCUAAAUCCUUAUCCUUUUGUUUUGUAAAAAUUAUUCAUCUCCAAGUGAAUUUUUAAUAAAAUGUUUGGCGAAACAA